CCCCGGCCGCGCUGGCCGGCCCGGGGGGCGGGUGCCCCUGGCUGAGGUGCCGCUGGUUCGGGGGUGCUGCAAGCUCGGGUGGGUGCGCUCUCCUCGCCCGGCAGCUGGGCUGGGCACCGUGUGGCUCUCCAGCCCUGGGCGCCCAGCUGUGUGCUCGCCGUGCCCCGCCGGCUCCAUCCCGCAGCGCCCAUGCUGCCCAGGGAGCACUUUGGGCACCUCGGCAGCACGGAGCAGCUGUGCGGCACAGCGGGAACCGCCCUUCUGCCCCGCAUAUUGCAUCCCUUGGGAUUGUGGUCUCUUAAGCCGUGUCUGUGCAGGCAGUGGUAACCCGGGUGGCCACCCCCCAGGCUGGUAGCUGGUUGUAGGGGAGCAGCUUGCCCUUUAGAAACAAUGUGGGUGUCCCAGAGUGGUCUAGUGCAGGGAGCCUGGAGUGGUAGCACCGGUGAAGGGUGGCACAGGUGGUACAAGUGGUACACAGAUAGCAGAAACUCCAGGCUGCAGCCUGUGCCUUUCCCACAUCCUCUUCUAAGGCCAUCCACUCUGUUUGAGCCAGCCUGAGAAGAGAAACUUAAGAGAGUUUCCUGUUUGUUUUCAUUCCAGCAAAUGCAAAUCCCUCUUGCAUAGCUCUCAACCUGACAGUUGCCUUGUACUUUAACAGAGAUGAACUGGAGGUGCCUCCUCCAGUGGCCUUGCUAGGGGAUGGAGGCUUGGGUCACCCUCAGCACAGGUUGAGAGGCAGCUGCUGCUGCUUUGCUGUACCUUUUGCUGACCCUAAUUGGUGCCUCAGCUGAUCUUGUCCUUGAUGUGAUUUGGCCUCUGGGUUCAAACACCUCUGCUGCUGUUCCUGGUGUUUGAAGAACUCCCCCCACCUCUGUCUUUUCACAUCUCGUUCUCCUUGCCGUAGUACCUAGGAAGCCUUUAGUUGUGUCAUAAGCAUUAACAUCUGUUUUGAGGUUUGUCAUGAUUCCAUAACCUUCAGUUUCUUCUGAAAAGGCUCUCUUUGCCAUUGCCUCUGCCAUUCUUUCCUUUGCUUCCAUCAUGAUUCUAUCUCACUCUGUUUGAAAAAGUUCAUAGAUACAGAAUUUGCAGUUUUGCAGAUGCUUUGCCAAAUACAGCCUCUGUGCCGUGCUGCAAGACGUCACCAUCAGCCCCCUCAUCUUGACUCACUCUGGCUGUGAGUCGUGCUGGGCAGUGUCUAAAUGCGUCCUGCUUGUGUGAGAGGCCCUCCGUAGCGCCAGUAAUGCCCACGUCUCUGAGCUGGCCACUGCUGUUCUGUUCGUGAAAUCCUCUGCUCUGCCAAGGCCAAAGGUUUCGGUUCUCUCUCCAGCUGCUCCUCUUAGAAUUAGCAGUGACAUUAAAAACUAGUACAAGCGUACAACAGUUUUUAAGAACUAUUAAAAUGGCAAUAGGAUAGGAGGAACUGAGCAGUAGGGCAGAGGAAAAAGUGAUGCUCAAAGCUUUGCAGGGCACCACCUCUGCUAGCUGUCAUGAGAGGUGUGGCUGCGUGGCAUCUCAGGGUUCGGAGUGCAGGUGAGGUGUCCCUGCAGUGGAUGACUGUUCAGGCAGACUUUGUGACAGUGGUGAUAUGAGCUCGCGUGGGACAGCCUGAGUUGUGCUUACCUUAGCACUUCGCUACCUUAACUGGUAAUUUCCCUUCAUCCUCCAGCAAAAGUAUAUUUCUAAUCACAUUCUAAGGGUUGCUCAACCCCACUCCUGAGUGACACAGCUUUUACUUUGUCUUAUUUUUAGAACCUUUCUGUUAGGAAAUAAAAUUGCUUCCUUUGCAGGAGCACCUAGGAAUUCUGAAAGGAAGGGGUCCAGGUAUCAGCAGAGUCCCUUCUGGGGCUUUAGGUUCUUCAGAGAUAACAGGCAGUGCAGAACAGGAGUGAUGGAGGGUUAAGAGCACAGCUUCCAAGUUAAACUCGAAUAAUUUCCAGAUUUCUGGACUCCCUGCCCAGCAAUCAAUGCAUCAUAAUGGGCUUCUGUCCAAAAGUUAUCUUGAAGAAUAUUGUUCACGGUGCAAAGUCAAGUGCUGCAGUGUUAAGGAAUGUACUUGUACCCCAGUUUAACUUGUUUUAGAUGCGCUCAAAGUGUAAUGACUAAUUUUGUAAUUGUAUACUACUUACCCCCAGGAGCCCAGCCAUGGGUACUGCACAGAAGUGGUGCUGCUCUUGAGGUUUUUUCUGUUCCUUUUUUUAAGUUGUAUUGUUUUAGUCUGUCUACAAAAAAUGGCAAGAGAGACAACCGUGUACCUUGGGGUGAGAGAAGACAGGACUCGGUAACAGGGUCUGUAAGGUGUGUGCAGCCACUCCGUACAGAAUUUGGGGAAACCCUUGUCACCUAAGCUGGUGUUCUGGUCUUUGCGUGCUUAGGUCCCCAGUGCCAGAGAUUAAAUAUCCAUCACAGUCGUCUUGCUCACAUGUUGUGGCAAGGUGCUCUGCUUUGCAUUAAAAAUUGAUGCUGUGUUCUAGUUUCCAGAUGACUUUCAUUUGCUUGCCUUCUGGUCCAGCACAAGCCCCUCUUUCUUCUUCCCCACACCACACUUAUCCCCCACAAACACCACCAGCCUGCCUUCAGCCACGUCCUGAAAUGGAGCCAGUGAGAACACUGUGACAGCCAGAGCCCAGCUGGAGAGAAGCAGUGGUUUCAAUGACUUGUGUGGUACGUGGCAGAGCUCCCAUGGCAAAUACCCCAAACCACCACAUGUGUGGUGGGAGGCCAGAGCUUGCUUAAGCAGCCUUUGCCCUUGGUAGUCCUGGUUCUGUAAUGCUUGGUGAACCCAAAUGAAUUCAUUUCAAUGAUGUUUGGUAUAUCAGGUAACAGACAAAGCAAAAGAGGCUAUUUGUUUUUGAAGUGAGGAGAUUCCUUUUCCUCCUGGGAGCCAUAUGGGGUUAGGAGGUGGAGUGCAGAAGAGAUCUCUUGUUUCCCACUGUGUGAAGCUCAGCAGGGGGACUCUUUGGGAUCUGCUGAGACAAGCAGCAUGUCCUAACAAGAAGCUGCAGCAAUCAGCAUUUCCCUGGUGGGAGAAGGCUCCUCUCCCCAACACCAUUAGUUGGGAUUUUGUCCUGUUUGUUGUGUCAUCUGUUGUUGGGAUUCAUAGGGUCAGCUCUGCAGUUUGCCAGAGCUGCAGUCCCUGCAUUGGCAACAUCUCCAGCUGGGGCCCAGGCAGCUUGGCUCAACAGGGUAUUGUUUAUUCCUCCCAGGAAUAUGCAAGACUUCGGGGAGCUUUACAGAGCAACAUGUUCUGCUCUGAGCAGGGAGAGUCACUGUAUGUGGCGACAGCUCUGAAGGCCAGCAAGAGCUGUCAGGGCAUGCUGGUGUGCGGGUAAUGUCCUACCCUAGAAGUAUGGAUGAGGACUGUGCAGGCUGUGCAGAUGCAGUGGGGUAUGGAGAAGGGAAGGAGGGCUGUCCAGAUUUGGAGAACAUGAGGAGGAACAGAGGAAAAAGGUAGAAAUGCCUCAGCAUGUAGUUAGUAAGCUUCUGUUCUUGACACAAUGGUGUGUGAAGCCAAGUGUAACUCCUGUUUCCCUCCCACUGUGUGCUGUGUAUUGAUCCUGAAGAGUGCAGUGAGAGCUGCAGCAUAUCUCUUGUCAAAGCCAGAUCCAGCAGCCUGAGGGUGCACUGAACAGGGCUCAGGGGCGUCUCUGUCUCUGGGAGUGGAUUGUGUUUCCAGUGAACAGACAUUAAGCUAUAAUGAGUGGAAAGAGGCAUGAAAAGAUGUAGGUGAAAUGCAGGGGGAUUUUCAUUUUUAAAAAAUAUCACUGGCAGUAUUUGUUUAAUAUUUUUAAUAUUAAUUUCUCUAAUAAUUCUGUGACAAGCUUGUUUUUUGUACAUUUCUGUGAGUCUGACCCAUUCCUGGUCUACUGCUCAUGCAGGAUGUAAGAUUUUUAAAGAGAUUGAGACACCUGCAGAAAAAUCCACUUGUCCCUCUUGUGCAAAUCCAGUGUGCCUGUGGAAGCCCACACGGCACAUUUUGGUCUGUUGGUGAAACGUUAGUUUUUCAGUUAUGGUGCUGUCAUACUGACCAUAGUCAGUGCUGCUUCUUCAGUGAGAAACUGAAAUGUUUUAUUGAGAGGGGAAACAAGUGGUGAUAGCACCUGCUAAGUUUGGUUGCCUUGCUUCUAAUUUGUGGCAUCCAUCCGUUACUGUUUUUUAUCUCAUGAUCUGAGCAGCCCUUUGGGAAUACCAGUGGAUUAGCUGUCUUCAAACCGUUUGGGUCUCUCCUUUUUCUGGGGCUGUUAAUACUUUUUGUAAUCAGCCUAAAAUGAUCUCUUCACAUUGCUGCCUUAUCUCUUAAGUGGUUGAAAUCCUUGCUUCAGCAUCUAAGUGAUCUGGUACUGUGACAAGUGCCUGACCAUUAUUUGUGAUGCUGGCGAGUCUGUUGUUUGAGAUUUCUUACCCUGCACAAUCUCAGCUGCAAAAGAGAGGAGGGAUACAAGAAGCUGUCAGUCUGUGUGCAGAUGCCUUUUCUUGGCUGUGGUGACUUGAUCCAAUCUGUGCCUAAGGUCUCAAAACAGUAUUGUAACAGAGUUAAUAGCCGUCAUUUCGUUCUAGCCCCUCCUUUCAUCAGCCCAUGCUGGACCAGACACGCUCCAGAGAUAAUGGCAAAAUGGGAUAGGCAGUCUUCCAUGGAGGUAAUGUUACUGUGUGCUGAGCAUGCAGGCAGGCAGGCUGGUGGGGGUGAUUAAUGCUCUGGGAAUCUGCUCUCUGCCUUGCUGCACAAUGCUUUUGUGUCAGGCCCAGAGCUUAGCACCAGGCAGGCUGCAGUCGAGUGCCAGGAACACGUUACCUGGUUUGUGCAGGAUCAGGCAGCGAGACAGAGCCCGUGUGUUCUCAGCGGGGUGAGUUUGCUGCUGCGCCACAACUUCAUACUUUCACAGUGAGGCUCUCUUUGGAUGCGGGUCUGCUGCUGGGUGGGGGCAGACUCGCAGUCCUGACCUCCUCCAGCGUGAAAUCCCUGAGCUUGCUCAGUUGUGGCAGAGCCCUCCCUCCUUCCCUCUGGCAGGCAGGGAUCACCCAUCCUUAAGGUGAGAGGGGAUGGUGCUUGGCCAGCUGUCAGGAACCGUGACUCACGGGGGAUCACAGACGGAGCCCUGCUCUCCCUGCAAUCUGCUCUUCCUUCUGGAGCCUCUUCGUGAGCUGUUGCUGAAUGUUUGUUUUCACCACAUCUAGGGUGGAUCUGGGAGAAGCUCGGCCCGCUAUUUAGCCUGAAGAGUUGGACUCAGUAAGUUUCCAGUCUGGAAUAUGUUGGGAGGCUUCCUUCUCUAGGUGGGGGUUUGUAGAAAAUUUGGCAGACAGCACUGCAUGGAGUAAGACGAGGCCAAGGUCCCAGAAAACAUAAUAUUUUGUGUUCAAUUCUUGUCAUGGAGCAAGCAAACCCCACAAGACUGAUUCACUGCUUGCAAAUACAGGGGCAUACUGUCUAGACUUGGAUGGAGUCAGGGAGUGAUCCUGCUCUUCUUGGUACUGCUGAGGGAACAUGAGCCUGGUGGGAUUCUUUUUUGGCAGUUUUAGAAGUUACUUCACACUUUCUUACAAGCUGCCUCUCAGGGAAUGCUUUUGACAUGAAUACAUUAGUGUUUUAUUAUAACCGUAAUUAAUAUAUACAUGGUGGAGCAAUUGCAGUCCUGCCUGUCACUCUCAAUCUUCUGUCUUGUUGGAAAAUCUUGCACAUUUUAAUGAUGAGUCCCCAGAGCUGCAGGUGUGUUAAGGAAGUGACACUCCUGUUCUCAUGGGCAGGACCAGUGGGAGGGCCAUAUCCUCAGCCGCAGCGGCUGCAGCAAAGCCGGGGUUUGGGUCUGCAGCACACAUGCCGUAAUCCUCGCGUGCCUCAGCCCAUUCUUACCUUACACCUUUGACAGAAGAAAUGCAAGAAAUCUUACUGUACCAUCAUGUGCUCCUGGAGAAACUACCCCGAGGCAGCAAUUAUACCUGUAGUGCCCUCUUUGUCCGGUGCUGCUGUGUAGUUUGAAUAUUCAGAGUAUGACAAGGAUUCCUAGGACCCUGAGCUCAGUCAGCAGCCUGUCUGGGAGGUGGAGAGCAGCCCCAGGUGCCUGCAAGGGCCUGCUACAGCUGCUCCUGUUGCUGCUGCUCUCCUGUUUCCAGCAUGCAGCAGCAUGUCCCAGCCACCCCACCUCAAACAACCCAAGGAUCCUUACUUGUCUUUAGUAUUUCCAAGCUAAUUGAUGGCUCUUCCAUCUUUUCCCCUGCUCCACAUGGUCAUGUUUUUAAUACUGUUACUCCUUCUGCCUCAGUAGGUUUCUGCUAUCCUGAACUGCAGCUCUUUGUGCUCCUGAUUCACUCCAGUCCAUUCAUCUCUUUUUGGUGGCAGAGUGCUGUCGGCUGCUGGAUAUUGGGCUCUUUGUUUGUACAGCCAGCACAAAGCUGGUGACAAAGGGACAGCCUGUGUCCCAAGGAGCCCACGUGCUGUGGGGAAGGCAGUGGAGAGUAAUAGGAGCAACGGAUGGGACGGCAGAGGUGAGGGUGGCCAGGGGCCAGGGCACAGCAUGCUGGCUGCAGCAGGGGCAUGGCAUGGGGGUGGGGAGAGACAUGCUGAGGAAGCUGUUCCUGCUGAGUACAAACCCGCUUUGUUCCCAGGAGGUGAGUCGGACUGGAUAAACAGAGUGGUCCCGUCAGCAGAAAGCCUUUCCCUGGCUGGAUCCCCCACUGGCACUCUCACUGGAAGUUGGCUGCACCUCAUCAGCAGAGAUGUUUUCUCUUCUCUGUGUUAGCUUCCCCUCUUCCUGACUCUCCAGGGCUCAGCCUUAGGCACUGAUCCACCUUCAGACCCUGCGCGAUGGAGGCUGGCUCCGUGGUACGGGCAGUCUUUGAUUUCUGUCCCAGUGUCUCUGAAGAGCUGCCCCUCUUCGUGGGAGAUGUCAUCGAGGUGUUGGCCGUGGUGGACGAGUUCUGGCUCCUUGGCAAGAAGGAAGGUGUCACAGGGCAGUUUCCUAGCAGCUUUGUUGAACCUGUGGAUAUUCCUCCUUUGAAGCAGGGAGAAAAACUGCUUGUUUGUACCAAUGACUUCACAUCUCAAGAGCCAGGGAGCUUAUCAUUGCAGAGAGGAGACCUGGUGAUCCUGGGGGGGUCCCUGGCCUCCAGCUGGCUCCAGGGCCGGAGCAGCUGGGGUUCCAAGGGCUUUUUCCCCUCAUCAUGUGUGCGGGAGCUGUGCCUUUCAGUUCGGAGACGUCAGCUGUCCCAGAGCACUCUCCUGGAGGUGCCUGCCUAUUCACUGGGCCAAGCCCGGGCCCUGAUGGACCUGUCUGCUCAGCUAGAGGAGGAACUGGACUUCAGGGAAGGGGAUGUAAUCAACAUUGUUGGUGUCCCAGAGCCUGGCUGGUUUGAAGGUGAGCUCAGAGGCUGCAGAGGCAUUUUUCCAGAAGGUUUUGUGGAACUGCUUACUCCUCUGCGAGCACCAGGAACCUCAGUGGAUCCAGAGCCCACUGGGACUUGUGACACCAAUGGGACAGUGGAGAUGCCCCCCAAGGAGGACGAGGAGCCAGGGAACACUUACGGUGUUGCCCUCUAUCAGUUCCAAGCCAUGGAGUCCAAGGAACUGGAUUUCGAUGUGGGUGACAGGAUUCGGAUUGUUGGCGUUCUGGAGGAUGGCUGGCUGGAGGGGGAGCUGAGAGGAAAACGUGGCAUCUUUCCACACAGAUUUGUGAGGCUGGAAGCCUCUGAGGCUUGCAGGGUAAAGGUGUGUGCUGGGAAUCUGCAAGGUGGAGACAGCUGUGGAUUGUCCAUCCGUCAAGACCCAGAAAACACCUGCUCUGAAGCUCUUCCUUUGCUAGGGAAAGAUGGCAGGGAAAAGGAAGAGGCUGCACACCCUGAGCCUGCCACCAUUUUGUCUCACAAGGUGGGGAGGUCAGAGGGUCCUGUUGCAACUGACUUGAGACAGCAUCAGGCCUUUCCCAGCACAGGACACCAAGGGCUACAUCCCAAAGGCCCAGUGGACUCCCUUCCCUCUGCCUGCAUGAAGACCGUCAAUGGCCUUCUCCUCUCUGCUCAGCUGCCUCCUCCACAGAGCAACAGGCCUGGCCAAGCAGGUGAGUUGGAGCCUGGGGGAACCAUUUCAGCCUCCCCAGGAAAAUCAGAAUGUCACGCUCUGCUCGAGCAUGAUAGAGACAGUCCCGCUGUGCCCUUGCAGGCUUCCCACAUCCCCCAAGAUCCUUACAGGAGCCAGGCAAUUUCAUCUUCUAACAGCUGGGCAGCAUCCCAGCCCCAGGAGAUCCAGAGCAGCACCCAGGAUCUAGACAACUGGAUGGACAGUCAACAGGAGAAGUCCAAGCCCUGUUCCUCCAGCUCAGGAGCUGCCCAGGUGGGCCUGGACACAUGGGCUGGGAGCUGGGGGGAGUGCUGCCCACUUGCAGUGCAGGGGGACAGCUGCACAGACCUUGACUCCAAACUGACGGAGCAGCUGGCACAGUUUGAGAAGAGUCUGUCAAGCACCAGUGCUGAGCAGAACAAAGUCUCCCGUCAUUUCUCUAUCUUGGACUACAGCUCUGAGAAGGACAUUGUCCGGGGGUCUCCUGUGUCUGUCCCCCACUCCAGGCAGACAGAGAGGAGGAGGGCCCUGAGGCCACCCCCUCCUCGGCCCAGCCUUGCAACAACCCCUGUGCACACGCUGGGUGGCCAAACAUCCAAAGGCAGGUCUCUGUCCUUCUCGGUCAAGCCCUCCCGGCCUGCACCCCGGCCUCCAUCAGGCAACCAGCAGAAAAAUGUGGCCCCUGCACAGCUUCAGCCCAGCACCCCAGAGCAGCGGGUGGAGGAGGGACGUGAGGACUUGACACAGGCAGGGUCAGCUUCCCCCUGCUCCAUUCUGCUGACUAGGAUUGGAGAGGUAGAGCGAGACUUGGAAGCUUAUGGCAAGACCCGUGCUGAACUAAGCCUGAUGCUGGAGGAGCAGCAGGAUGAGCUGGUGAGAGCAGAGACCAUGGAAAACCUUGAAUUCUGUGACUCCAACAUUGAGAGCCUCAGCAUGGAGCUGCAGGAGCUGAGAGAGAUGACUCUCCUGUCCUCCCAGACACCAUCCCUGGAGACAUCCUGGGCUGCCACUGAGAGUGCAGAGCAAAGGAUGCUGGAGAAGAGGUCCAAGGUUAUCGAGGAACUGCUCCAGACAGAGCGGGACUAUAUCAGAGACCUGGAGAUGUGUGUGGAGAGAAUCAUGGUGCCCCUGCAGCAGGCACAGAUGCAGAACAUAGACUUUGAGGCCCUUUUUGGAAACAUCCACAUGGUGAUUAGCUUCUCCAAGCAGCUGCUGUCCACCUUGGAGGCUUCAGAUGCCAUUGGGCCAGUGUUCCUGGCACAGCGUGCAGAGCUGGAGAGUGUCUACAGGGUAUAUUGCCAGAACCAUGAUGAGGCCAUCGCACUGCUGGAAACCUAUGAGAAGGAUGAGAAGAUGCAGAAACUACUCCUGGACCUAUUGGAUAGCCUCAGGAGCCUGUACAGUGAGUGGGGCUGCACAAACUACAUUAACCUGGGCUCCUUCCUCAUCAAGCCAGUGCAAAGGGUGAUGCGGUACCCACUGCUGCUGAUGGAGCUGCUGAGUGCCACUCCCGAGGCUCAUCCUGAUAAGGCACCACUCACAGCUGCUGUCCUUGCAGUCAAAGAAAUCAAUGUCAACAUCAAUGAAUACAAGCGCCGGAAGGACCUGGUGCUAAAGUACAGGAAGGGGGAUGAGGAUAGCCUCAUGGAGAAGAUCUCCAAGCUCAACUUCCACUCUAUCAUCAAGAAAUCCAACCGUGUGAGCAGCCACCUCAAGCAUCUCACAGGCUUUGCACCCCAGCUGAAGGAUGAAGCCUUUGAAGAAAUGGAGAAAAAUUUCCGGAUGCAGGAGCGGCUGAUCAAGUCCUUCAUCCGGGACCUUUCCCUGUACCUGCAGCAUGUUCGGGAGUCUGCUUGUAUGAAGGCACUGGCAGCAGGGAGCAUGUGGGACUUGUGCACAGAGAAGGCGAGUGGGGACUUGGACCAGUUCCAGAAAGUGAAUCGUCUCAUCAGUGACCAACUCUUCUCCAACUUUAAAGAGCGGACGGAGCGGCUGGUGAGCUCACCCCUGAACCAGCUGCUGAGCAUGUUUGCAGGGCCCCACAAGCUGGUGCAGAAACGGUUCGACAAGCUCCUUGACUUCCACAACUGCACGGAGAGAGCGGAGAAGCUGAAGGACAAGCGAACCCUGGAGGAGCUGCAGUCAGCCCGCAACAACUACGAGGCCCUCAAUGCCCAGCUGCUGGAUGAGCUGCCCAAGUUCCUGCGCUUUGCCAAGGAGCUGUUUGCCAGCUGCGUGCGGGGCUACGCCGAGGCACACUGCGACUUCGUGCGCCUGGCCCUGGAAGAGCUGAGACCACUGCUGUCGUUGCUAAAGGUGUCUGGCAGGGAGGGGAACCUCAUUGCCGUCUUCCAGGAUGAGCACAGUCGAGUCCUCCAGCAGCUCCAGGCCUUCACCUUCUUCCCAGAGUCCCAGGCAGCUCCCAAGAAGACUUUUGAAAGGAAGAGCAUGGAGCGGCAGUCUGCCCGGCGGCAGCCCCUUGGCAGCUUGCCGACCUACUUCCUGCAGUCGGAUGACGUCCGAGCUGCCCUCCUGGCCCGCUAUCCCCCAGAGAGUCUCUUCCAGGCAGAGCGCAAUUUCAAUGCUGCCCAGGACCUGGAUGUCUCACUGCUGGAAGGAGACAUUGUGGGUGUCAUCAAGAAGAAGGACCCCAUGGGCAGCCAGAAUCGCUGGCUCAUAGAUAAUGGAGUGACAAAAGGGUUUGUGUACAGCUCCUUUCUGAAGCCCUACAACCCACGCCGCAGUCAGUCGGACGUCUCUGUCGGCAGCCACUCUUCCAAUGAGUCGGAGCACAGCAACUCCUCUCCCCACAGCAACACCACACUGACCUUCAGCUCCAGCGGGGUGGCCGUCACCUUCACUCAGAAACCCCUGCAGGACUCUGCCUCCCCAGCAGACACAUACCAGUCUGGGCAGCCCCCCUUGGAGAUGGACUCCCCCUCUCUGCCCCAGCUUGGGUGUGGUGACAGGACAGCCCCACUGGAGGCUGGUACGGUGAUGUCUCAGUGCCGCUACAGCCGCCCCGAGCUGGGCUGCAGCCCCAGCUCUCGCAACGGGCACCUCACCAAAGCACAUCUCAGGCCCACGCCCUCAGUGGAGGAUAGAGACUCUGGAUUGGAGAGCAGCGAGUCAGAGGGCAACCAGGUCUAUUACGCUCUCUACACCUUCAAAGGCCGAAACACUAAUGAGCUGAGUGUGUCAGCUAACCAGAGACUCAAGAUCCUGCAGUUUGAGGACAUCACAGGCAAUCAGGAGUGGUGGCUGGCCGAGGCACACGGGAAGCAGGGCUAUGUGCCCUCGAGUUACAUCCGGAAGACAGAGUACACGUGAGGCAGCAGGCAGGAGCCUGCACCCCAUGCCUUGUUCCUGCCAGGACUGCUGGGGGUCUUGGGGAGGCUAGCCAGCCCUGCAGCCCCCACUGCUUGCCCCAAGACUGUCCCUCUCACAGCUGUGCAGUGCUAUUGGGCCCCAACACACUGGCUGCCACCUCCCCAUCAAGGGAGGAAGAAUGGUGAGCUGGCCAGGUAGGCAGGACAGGUAGCUUAUGUGAGGGCAGGGGUGAGUUCACCUGUGCUCUUUGAGCCUCCUGUGUGCAGCCAGGGGCAGGGGAGCAAGGCUUGGGGCUGUGGUCUGCCCAGGAGGGUAAGGCUUGACUAAAGCUGAGGAGCUGCUGUGGGUUUAAAUUGUGGAAGACUAAUGCCAAGUUUCUGGAGACUGUGUUUAGUCAAGUAGUAUUAAAAGCAGCCCAGACUUCGCCAACGUGCUCUCUGUGCCUUCUCAGCAGCAGCAGGAGCUGGGUUUUGUCUGUCUGUGCAGGACUCAGGGUGGGACAUCUACACCUGCCUGGGGAAGCAGCUCUGAGGUUUGCUGGGAGUAGCUGAGCUCCAGGGCUGGGAUGGGCCUGGCCUCUGAAAUUCCCCCAACAAAGCCCUCAGCAGGUGCCUUACCCCUGUGCCUGGCCUUCCAGGGGCUCAGCCUCUCCAAGCUCUGCUGCUACCAGCAGCCAUCAGGUUCUCAUCUCAGGUGAGCCAGAAGUCCAGAACACCAUCUUGCCUUGUCAGUGCAUUUCCCAUGCCCAAGACCCAUCUUUGCUCUGACAAGCCCACCUGGCAGCUCUGGGCUGGGGCAGGGCAGAAGGCAAAGCACAAAUUGUCCUCCAGUUUGAUUUUUUGGGGGCUCUGACCAGAAUUGUCUCACCUGUGCCUUCUUUCAGGGCACUGGAAACAGUGCUGAUGUUCUGGAAGGGCAGGACCAUCCCUGGGAGGGAUGUGUUGCCUUUUGGUGGGUUGGUGUGUGAUACCUGCUGCUGCCAUGCCCAGAAGGGAAGAAGCUCUCUUCAUGGGGCAAUGUUUGUAUCCCCUGUACUGCUGCUCUGUAAAUAAAGAUUUGCCCUUGUGUAUAGAA